GGAAGCUCCGACUGUGGCAGCAUCCGGGACGGCGGGCGGGUGGCCCAACCGGGACAGGAGGCUGGCCGUGCUCACCAUUCUCCCAGCCGGUGACCCCGGGGAUUUCUUUUAUGGUGGCUUUCUCUGAAAUGCCAAAGCCACCCGAUUAUUCAGAGCUGAGUGACUCUUUAACGCUUGCCGUGGGAACAGGAAGAUUUUCGGGACCACUGCACAGAGCAUGGAGAAUGAUGAACUUCCGUCAGCGUAUGGGAUGGAUUGGAGUGGGAUUGUAUCUGUUAGCAAGUGCAGCAGCAUUUUACUAUGUUUUUGAAAUCAACGAGACUUACAAUAGGCUGGCCUUGGAACACAUUCAACAGCACCCAGAGGAGCCCCUUGAAGGAACCACAUGGACACACUCCUUGAAAGCUCGAUUACUCUCCCUGCCUUUUUGGUUUUGGACAGUUAUUUUUCUGAUACCUUACUUGCAGAUGUUUUUGUUCCUUUAUUCUUGUACAAGAGCUGACCCCAAAACGGUGGGCUACUGUAUUAUUCCCAUAUGCUUGGCAGUUAUAUGCAAUCGCCACCAGGCAUUUGUCAAGGCUUCUAAUCAGAUCAGCAGACUACAACUGAUUGACACAUAAAAUCAGUCACCAUUUUUUCCUUACAAGUACAAAACUGCCAGUACCGUAUGAAGCUUGAUCACAAGACUGCAGUUUCUUCACAGAUCUCAGGAAGCUGUGGUGGGGCAGAGGCUUUUUAAAGAAUGGGACUAGGGGACUAUCUUUAUCUGAAUAUUGAAUUUUUAGGUAAAGCCUGUGAUACAGUACUACAAAAUCAUGUUGAUGACUUCAGAUUUUGGAAGUAAAAUUUUAUCUGUUAUUUGCAUUCUUUAGAAACUUGAAUAAGUACCUGGAUUCAUAUUUUUAUUCUACUGUGCAACAUAGUGAUGAUUCAGAAAUUUUUCCUUUGGGGAAAAAAUGAACAUUUCCAUUGCGUUUAAUGUAAAAAGGUCCAAACAUGGUCAUAAAAUUUAAAUUUUAUACAAUUACUUGGCUUGCUUUAAAAUUCUUCAGACUAAAACACCAGUUCUUCCUGUUGUAGCUAAGCCAACUAUUUAUGCUUGUUUGCUAUCAGCUUGUGAGAAAUUGGUAUAAAAUUAUUGAGGUGAUGGCUGUCUUGAGAAGCAAAAUGUGUUCUUCGUUUUGGUAAUGCUACUGGCAUUAUUAAUUAGCUAGAAUUAUUCAUGCAACUUUUUUUUUUUUAAACUACUUGGGAAGAGACUAAGUGUUUGAAAGUUGAGAAAUCUAACACAUAGAAGAUGGAAACAGGGUGUUCAAUGAAAAUACUUAAGCCAGUCCCUGUCAGAUGUGUGACAUCUAAAAGAUGCUCUCAAGUCAUCGUCCUGAUUUUCUUUUCUGCCUAAGGUCCAGUCUUCAGACGUUAGGUUAAUUGCAUGAAGAUGUGAUCCCUGUACUGCCUCCUUUGCAUCUGUACUUACUACCUCAUGUCUGGUAACAAUACAAGUAACUAAAACAUGGAAAAUUA